AGGGUGUACCCUGCCUCUCGCCCAUAGUCCGCUGGAGAUACAAUACCUUAAAAAUUUUGGUAAACAGUUGAAUGAGUUAUAAUCUUCAAAUAAUUUAAAUGAUCUGAUUAAGCUUGUAGUAAUCAUUUCAACUUGUGACCAUACUUUCUCAGAUUUAUUAGAAAGAUGUGUAUUUUUAUGGCAAUCAUCAUCAUAAAGAUAAAAAUUACAAUACUUUCUCAUGAUUUUGAGAGAGGGCAAUAUUUGUAGCUAAGUGAUAAUUAUGAGACAGCUAAUUAAUAAUUAUCAGAUAGUAUAUUGCAGUUUUGAGUAAGCUGUCGCAUAUGAGUGGCUUGGUCAAAAUUUUAAAAUAGAAUAUUUUUUCCAAUGCAGUGGAUAAAAAGGGGUCUUUGCUCUCCUGCUUUCACUUCAGAGAAAGAGAAAGUGAAAGUUACUGGGCAGCAGUGCUUGACAAAUCAGCAUAUUCUCUUCAAGGAAUGGAGCCCCUCCCAGUGUUUCCAGCUUUUUCUUUUAUGAGAAACUGAAACCUACCAAAUGCAGUAAAGAAAAUGGCAGGGAAAAGUGAAGCACCGGAUUCUUUGUGCUGCUCUAUAUGUCUGGAGGUGUUGAAGAACCCUGUGACUCUUCACUGUGGCCACAGCUACUGCAUGGAUUGUGUAAAUAACUACUGGGACUUGAAGGAUCAGAAGGGUGUUUGCAGCUGUCCUCAGUGUAGACAUGCCUUCAGCUCAAGACCUGUACUGAACAAGAACACCGUGCUGGUUGAUUUGAUCGAAAAAAUGGCAGAUUCAGAGCGAACGACCACUUUAGGGGAGUACGAAGCCGGUCCAGGAGAAGUGGAGUGUGAUUUCUGCACUGUGAAGAAGCUAAAGGCUGUCAAAACCUGCUUGGUUUGCCUGGCCUCUUAUUGUGCUACACAUAUCCAGCCUCACUACAGCUCUGCUGCUUUCAAAAGGCACCAGCUGGUGGAGGUGUCAGCCUCCAUUCAAGAGAAGAUCUGCUCUAAGCAUGACAAGCUGCUCGAAGUGUACUGUCGCAGUGAUGAUGAGUGCAUUUGCCUGCUUUGUGUCAUGGAUGAGCACAAAGGUCAUGACACUGUCUCAGCUGCAGCAGGCAGGAAAGACAAACAAAAACUAUUUGAAGAAAAGAAACAAAGAUACCACCAAGGAAUUGGAGAAAAAGAGAAGCAGUUGCAACAGCUGAGACAGAGAAUGAAAGCAAUGGAGCUUUCCAGAGAUGCAGCACUUGAUCAGAAUGAGAAGAUCUACCUUGAAAUUGUCUCAAUGGCAGACAAAAGACUUUCAGUUGUGAAGGAGCUAAUCAUGCAACAGGAAAAGGCAACCUCUGGUCAAACAGGGGCACUCAUUGAUCGCCUUGAGAAGGAGAUUAGAGAUCUGAGGAGGAGAGAAGACAAACUGAGGAAGCUGUCUUUAACUGAGGAUAACAUUUAUUUCUUGCAGCACUGCAAGCCUAUUUUUGACAGCACAAAACCAGACAUGGGCCUGAACUUAAACCUCCAACACAAACCCUUUGACUUUGUGACAAAGGCUAUGUCAGACUUCAGAGACAAAAUGGAAACAUUGACAACAGCUAUGGCGGAAAUGUCAGAGAACAUGAAAAUUAAUCCAGAUCCAAAGACAAGACAGGAAUUGUGCAUGUAUUCCUGUAGCUUGAGUUUGGAUCCCAACACAGCUUUUGAGAACCUGUUGCUCUCUGAUGGAAAUACCAAGGUAACUUGGACCAAGAAAGCCCAGGAGUACCCCUACCACCAGGAGAGAUUUACCAAAUACGACCAAGUGUUGUGCUCUGAAGGUUUGUCUGGUGUUUGCUACUGGGAAGUUGAAUGGAAGGGGCCCAGAGUCGAGGUGGCUGUGUGCUAUAAAGGCCCAAAUAUGGAGGAAAGUUGCUUUGGAUACAAUGAGCAGUCCUGGAGUAUUUGCUUUACAAACUCUGGAUGCACGUUUUGGCACAAUGAAUUAAAAACCAAAGUUCUUGCCCCCCGUUCUUCCACUGUGGGAGUGUAUUUGAACCAUAAAGCUGGAAGUCUGUCCUUUUACAGUGUAUCUAGCUCUGGACAACUGGAGCUCCUUCAGAAAGUUCUGACCACGUUCUCCCAGCCUUUGUACCCUGGCUUUAUGGUGUCCAGAGGAGCUUCAGUUAAGUUAAUAAAGCAGCAGUAAAAUAACUAAAUAGAAGACUGUCACAUCUGGUCAUUUCAAUUAGGUAGUUCCAAGAUUCUAACAAAUUUUUUUCAACACUGAAAACAUACAUUGUUAUAUGCUUAACUCUAGAUAUAGAGUUAACUGUGUGAACUGAAAGAAGUAUAAUAAUGUAAUUUUGGUCAAGUAGUUCUGAUUACUCUGCCGUUGUAUUUCCCGUUAAAUACAGAGGCACACAAGACAAAAGCAACAAUAUCUGUACAUAAAUCUUACCUAAAUUACAAAUAUUACCACAUAUAUCCUGUGUUAGGAUACAGUGUAUAAAUAAACUUUACUCUCAGCUACGAAUUUUCUUGUUCACAACUGUGCUGAAAAAAGCCAAAAUUGUAUACAAUAGUUGAAAAACAUGAAUAAACAAAUAAAUAAAUGAGACUUGCCUUUAAUUACA